AUGAACGUGCGCGCGGGCGGCGAGCGGGAUUUGUUGUUGGCCUCCACGCAAUUUGGAGUUGUUUAUCGCCGGGAUCGGCUGCAGUCUGUGCAGUGGGACGGUUUGCCGCCGGGAACGGUGUGGAACCUUGUAGUUCUUCAGCAACUGGUACCAUGACAUUGGAGAAAAUUAUCCAUGACUCAUUGGCCCAGUUUGUUCACUCGUACAUCCCUGAUGCUGAUCUCAGUGUUAUGGAUGAGGUAAUUCUUUCCUACAUCACUGGUGUGCUGGAGGAGCUUGGAUCUCCAGACUCGUCGGAAGAGAAUUUUGAUGUGGAGAUGUUUGUCGAGAUGAUGGAGGCCUACAUCCCAGGCUUUGCAGAAAUAAGUAGUGUCGCUAUUUAUGAUAUGAUGUUUAAUUUGGCUGCACAGUUAAUUGAAGCUCGUAACAAAGAAAAUGUUCCACCUCCUGCAGGCUUGCAAGAUACCGUACCUUCUUUGAACAAGCAAUCAAGUGACUGGGAACAGAAAUCAUCAACGGAGUUGGAAAGUGGUUUGAUGCCAGGAGUAGGAGCCACUGCAAAGGAAAGUUCUGAUGAAAAGGAAGAUGGGGUCCAGCUGCUGGUUGAGAUGUUUCCAUCCUGCAGUGUAUCUACCAUGCACCGUGCUCUUUCUGUGGCCAAAGGCAACCUGGAUUAUGCUGUGCAGUUAAUAAUGGAAGGGGCAGUGGAGCAGCCUGACCCUGCAAUUUCAGAGGAAAAACAACCAAAAACAGAUAAGAAGAUUAAAGCCAGCAUCUUGGAAAAAUAUAUGAUGGUGGAUAACGAGGAAGAUGUCAAAACUCACAAACCUAUUGCACCUAAAGAGGCUCCCAAAAAGCUGAUUCGAUACAUAGACAACCAGGUAGUAAGCACAAAGGGUGAAAGAUAUACAGAAGUGAAGAAAACCGAAAGUGAUGAGAUGAAGAAAACCUACAUCAAUCUUAAACCAGCCAGAAAAUAUAGAUUUCACUGAGAUGCUGAUAAAGUAUUUCAUGGUAUUUUGUUAUAUUGGCAUGGAUUAAUCUUGAUUUUAAUCUUGACUUGCCUUGACUUGAGCACAACUUAGUCCUUUCCUCCAUUAACUGAUUAGUUAAAAGUGGAAGUACUACAUACUGCUUUCCACCAGUAUAAGAAACUUAUUUGAACAUGGAUUUCCUUGAAAUCCCAACAGAAUUCUUUUUCUUUCUUCCACUUAUUGCAGUGUUGUUGUGUAGCACUGUGGUCUGGAUUUUGCUUCUCGUAGCAUUCAAAACACAGUAGCAUACUACUGAGUACACCAUGGUGUGCUGAAACUGUUAGUCAUUAUCUAAAUAUUUGUCUAUUUAAAUUUAACAUCUUCAAUAUCUCUCAGGAUUUAAAACUUUAUAAAGGUUUUUACUUUUAAGCUUGAACUGCAAGUGAAUAUAUUUAAAAUAUUCUGUGUUCUUUUGUCCACAAACUGAACAGGCCAUGGCUAUCCAUUUACGGUGGAGGCAACUGUUUUACAGUAUCCUUGUCAAGAUGAUGCUGCAUGUCAGGUGGGGAAAGUUCCAAUAUCUGUCUGAACAGUUGUGCAUCUUAAAUGGACUCAAUAAUCAUUUCAAAAAGAUGUCUUAUAGAUGAUCACAUCCAGUCUCCUCAGUGUGAACAGAUUGUGCAUGCUGUGUUAUGAGAAAUGGUUAAGAUAAGUUACCCUACUAAUGCCUUUCAAAAUAAUGUGGAAUUAUCUUCUCAUUUUUAAUUAUUUCAUAUUGUUUGGUCUAAAAUCAAGUUUGUUACUAAACAUAAUUGUUAUAUCUUACAUAUCAAUGAAAUGUGUUGAUAGCACCUUCAAUGGCCUCACAGAAGUUGUACUAAAUAGUUAAUGAUGAAAACUCAAAAUUUCUGAACUGUCUUCAGAUCUGUCUUCAACAGCUGAUUCAUAAAUGUGUGGUAGCUUUACAAAUUAACAUUCUUAAUCAUUUAAAACUUUUCUACAGUGACAGGCUUAGUGCAGAUUCCCAAACCUCAGGAAAGAUGGCAUUCUCUUUUAAAGUAAAUCUGCUGGAUCACUGUAUCUUCCUACGAACUGUGGUAAUCAAUAGACUACACAUGUCAUUGUAUUUAUGUUUGAGUGUGUAUGAGUUUCCUUUUGAUGCUACAAUCAAUAAGUGCAGUGAUGCUUUUAAAUAAUAAAUUGCUUUUUGUAUUUU